AUGGUUUCCGAUCUCGAGGCCAACGGGGAUGAGCAUCCCUUUCUUAUGAACCACACGGUCGAGCAUUUCUCCUGGAAAUCCGUCACCGUGAGCGUCAAAGAUAGAGAGACAAAGCAGCCCAAGGCUAUUCUCUCCAAUGCCAGCGGAUAUGUAUCUAAAGGUGAACUUAUGGUACUCAUGGGCCCGUCUGGGAGCGGGAAAACGACUCUAUUGAAUGUACUCGCAGGUCGAGCUAAUAGUCUGCGUGACGGCGUUAAUGGCGAAGUACUUGUCAACGGAAGAUCAGCAUCCCGGGAGACGUUCAGACAUCUGAGCUCCUAUGUCGAGCAGGAAGAUGUGCUUAUCGGGUCGCUGACGGUGGAGGAGACGCUGUAUUUUGCUGCUCAAUUGUCACUCCCCAGAUCGAUCCCUAAAAAGGAUCGAAUCCAGCGUAUCAAAUAUCUUCUCAAUUCCUUUGGGAUCCAAAACCAAGCGAAGGCUUUGAUCGGUACACCAAUUCGCAGGGGCAUCAGUGGUGGCCAGAAACGCCGUGUCAGUGUAGCCGCUCAAUUGAUUACAUGUCCAAAGAUAAUCUUCCUGGACGAGCCCACCAGCGGUUUAGAUUCCACUGCUAGUUAUGAAGUCAUGUCGUUUGUGAAGGCCCUUGCCAGGAAGAAUAACCUCAUCGUUAUCGCGAGCAUCCAUCAACCCUCUACCUCGAUGUUCCAAUCUUUCGACAAGCUUCUCAUCCUAUCUGCGGGAAAGACUUGUUACUUUGGACCCGGACGGGAUAUGAAGGCCUACCUUGACAAGACUGGACGUCCGAUGCCCCUUCAGAUCAACCCAGCCGAGUUCGUGCUUGACCUUGUCAGCACUGAUUUUGCAACCAAUACUGAAGAAGCAGAGGCUCAAUUGGCCAAAAUACACCAGGAGUGGGACGACUCAGAGGAGGCUUCAAAUGUGAACCUCGAGAUAUCAAGACUCACUGCUCUCUCCGAGAAGCAAGGAAAUAUCACCCUCUCAGCAGAGCAGAUGCAGCAUGCCAACAUCAUUUCCACUAUCAUCACGCUGCUUCGCCGAUCCUUUAUUAAGGGCUAUCGUGACGUAGUUGCAUACGGCAUUCGAGUUGCAAUGUAUCUUGGUCUGGCUAUCAUGGAGGGCACCGUCUGGCUGCGACUCGGGACCGGCCAGGAGAACAUUCAGCCGUACAUCAAUGCUCUAUUCUUCUGCUCUGCCUUCAUGUCAUUCAUGGCUGUUGCAUAUGUGCCAUCUUUCCUCGAAGACCGUGCAACAUUUAUCAAGGAGAGAGCUAACGGUCUAUACGGCGCAACCUCGUUCGUGAUAUCAAAUUUCCUCAUUGGAAUGCCAUUUUUAUCUUACUGGCUUGUGAACUUCCGUUCAGGCGCAGACACUUUCUUCACUCUGGUUAUGUGGCUCUUCCUUGACCUUCUAGCCGCCGAAUCCCUCGUAGUCAUGAUCGCAUCCCUAUUCCCUAACUUUGUGGUUGCUUUAGCGCUCACUGCGUUCAUUAAUGGUAUCUGGAUGAGUGUAGGCGGCUUCAUGGUUGCACCCGCUAUUCUGAAUGUAUUCUGGCGAUAUGUUUUCCAUUAUAUCGACUAUCAGACAUAUGUAUUCCAAGGGAUGAUGGUCAACGAGUUCUCCAGUCGUGUCUUCGACUGCGGGAAGUCGUGCCAGUGUAUGUAUACCAGUGAACUUGCGUCUCAGUGCAAGAUCUCAGGCGAAGGAGUUUUGAAUUCCUUUGGCUACGCAACUGAUAAGCAGGCACAAUGGGCCGGAAUCCUCAUUUCGAUCACUGCAGAUAAAUCAUCACUUCUCCUGCUGGAAAAAGUAAACAGAUAUGAUGCUUCAUCCCUUUACCUCCAAUGA